CGACUUCUGCUCAACCCACGCAUGGCAAUGCGUCUCCAACUUUCGGUGCAGCGCUCCCCGUCACGAACCAGAUCUUGCCACCGACAAGUCCCAUCGCUUGACCCGAUUCCAAGAUGGCUCCUUUCUCGCGGUCACCGCGGGAAGUCUGGCAUCGGCAACUCAUCGCCAGCGGCGCUAAGCCCUCUCUCUCGGGCGGGCAGCCCCUCGAAGCAUUCCCGCUCGAUGUCCUGAGGCAGGCAACCGACCAAUAUCUCGCAAAGAAGAAGCUAGUAGCCCUCACAUCGCUGUGCGAUGGCAAACUCGUCGAUAUGAUGUGGGAGCAUGUCCAAAGCCAAGACGGGGCCAAAGAGGUCGCGAUAUUGGCUUGCCUCCAUGUCCUGUCCCUCUCGGCGGGGAACAGGGUGCUCGUAGCCUUCAGGGAAGAGUGCACUGCGAUGUCGGCCGACCUGCGGUUCCUGCAAUGUCUGGUCCUCGCUCACUUUGCAAACCCCUCGCAGAUCCAUGCUGGCGAAUGCCGGGCCGCCGAGGCUCUCAUGCGGCUGCUGACCGGCCCCGACUUCCUUGGCUCCGUCAAGCUGUUCUUUGAGAGCUUGGAUGCCGUGGCCAACUCUUCCGUUCUCUCGGUGGUCUACCUCGGCUUCAUCUUGCAGAAAAUACAAAUCGGGCAGUCGUUUGAACUUCAGAUAGACACGCUCAGACAAGAGCGCAGAUAUAUGAAGCUUCACAAUGCCCUGUCCUGGCUGGGUGCCGUCUACAAUCUACCCAGCGGCUCGUUGGCGAGGACGCUGGUUGCAAGGAACCUGGCCGUCUGGGAGGGAUACACGGAGUGGAGACCCGACUAUCUCCGGCUCAUGAAGUGGGAAGGGGGGCGGUUCACCGAGGCCCAGAAGCAGCGGCUCGGCCCCGUAUUCGAUCUCGAAGGCCCCGACACCACAGGCCAUGGCCAUGGCUGUCUCAAAGAAUCGGUGCCGGGCUGCUUCGAGUUCGUCCGUGUCCUCGACCAGGAUCCCAGUCUCCUAGACCGUCUGCUGCGUCUCCUGGACAAGGCCCAAGGCAUCUCCGGGUCCCACGCCGUAGAUCUAUUCAUCUACCUCUGCGUCGAUAACCGUGACCCUGUUGAUGGAAAUCUCCUGUCCCUCACCGACACCAUCCUUGACACGGGGAGCGACGACGGAAUCCAUGCCAUCCUGCAAUGGCUAUCGAAUUUGACAGGCUUCAACAACCGGAUGGUGGCAUUGACAAAGGUCCUGCCCGUGCUAGGGUCCAGCCUUGACCUCCAGAGCAUGCUCGCGGGCGAGCUUAGCAACGACGUAGUCGAGGUCAUGCUGUCGGCACAGUCGGAAUACGGGGCCAUGCUCGACACGGGCGUGGCAGAGAACUUGGCCAUGAACAUUCACGCUCUGGGCAAGGCUAUUGUCUGGGCGACUUGGCUAUGGCCGAGCUUGCCGCCAGAUUUGGUCCCAACUCUGAGGCGCCUCCCGCCGCAGGAGACACUCCACGACAUAUUCGACUCGCUCCAGACCCCGCAGGCCCCGACGGCACUGAUAAAAUCCUAUCUAAGGGUAGCACUUGCCGGGGGAGACGGGGAUGCGGCGGCUAUGCUGGCUACGAUCCAGAGGAACAUCAGGUUCUGGGGGAAGGACGUCGACUCGGACCGGGCCCAUCUCGCCCUAGCCAUCAGCAACAUGGACGGCAUCGAAGCCCAGGUCAGCGAAGACUGCCUGCAGCGCGUCCUGGUCGAGGACUUGGUCUUGGUGCGGGCUCUCUCCCCCGUCAUGGGCACAGAUAGCAACCACUGCUGCGUGGAGAUUGCCCGUCUCUUCGCCCGCCGAGUAAUACUGGGCCACAAGGUCGACGACUGCUGGUACGACUUCCUAUUCUGCCUCCUGCUGCUGCGAGCCGACGACCUCCUGGUGUGGUCGGCGGAGGAGCUCCCGGUGGGCCAGUGGUUCCGCUGGCUUGACGACCUGAGGGUCCUCUUCCCGAGAGGCGGGCAGUUCUCCCUGUCGGAACUGGGGUUUACUCCGGAAAAGUACAGGUGGUGGGACUUGUUGGCGUCGAAAUAUAGGGACGCCCUAGGCCAGCUUGAGGACCUCCACAAGCGAGGGGGGAACCUCCGCUGGCUCUGGUUCCAGGAAGUCCCAGAGACCGUCGCCCUGCUGGACCGCUUUCAGCGGAAAGACCAGCGGUCGUCGUCCGUCGACACCUUUGUCAUGUCGUGUCUCCAGCCGUCAAUCCGUGUCAUCCGGCUGGUCUGCGCGUCACUCUCGGCCCUCAAGCGAGCUACCCCGAGUCUCUGGACGGCCUUUGCAAGCCUUUAUGCUCGGCACGAGCAGGGAGCCUCUGGGGGUUGGUCUCAGCCCGCGACGGGAGCGCUCAUGGUGGCGUGGGGGCAGUCGCGAGCUAUGACUAGCAGCGACCGCGAGGCGUUGUGGGCAGUGGGUGGUCUCAUGGGCCUCAGUAUAGUGCCCCAAGGCAAUGGGCGGCAAAUGGCAAAAACACUGCUGAUGGCGGAGCAUGCGAAACUCAUGGCUGUAGCCCGACACUUGGAGAGAAUGCGGUCGCAACUAGUGAACCACGACCGUUCAAAGACGUCGGCCUUUUUGCAGAAACUCGGCGUCGAGGAUGAAGUGCCUAGGACGGAACUAGGCAUACCCGACAGGCUGAGCGGCUCCGUAGAGAGCGUCGGGGAGCAGCAAUGGGAGCUGUCUUUUGCAUUAAGCCGUCUCCCUGCGCAGACCAGGCAGGCGCUGGGCAUUGACGACACAUCUCGUCUGCUUCUGGUGAGAAUCUCGUACCUGAAGCAACGACCGGCUUUCUGUAUACACCUCCACCCUAACGAUGAUGCCGGCAACCGGAGCCACGGCCUGUGGUCUGUCAAUGGACAACCGCCUGACGGCGUGGUGUGCUGGACUAAACCGACCGUGUUUGUCUACCUCCUCAGUCGCGUGCUCUGUACACAUCUCUCUCAAGGCAAACGCGAUUUGCAUUUCAUCCACGACAUCGUGUCGUCAGUUCUCCGAGCCCCCGCCGCCGGCUGUCUGGUGUGCUGUCGGACCAUGGGCUGCCAGCUGUGGAAGCCAACAGUGUGCUUGGGCGGCUGCGGCGAAGUGUUCCAGCAGGCCCCCCUCGAGGUGCAGCUCGGGAGUCUUGUCGGCGACCCUCCGGUGCUGGACUUCCUCCUUGCAUGCGUCUAUUCUGCUGCCGGCGACACCUCGGCUCUGGACCUCUUGCCCAACUGCCCGAUACCGAAAGCCCGGCUCCGCGAAGUCAUCGACUCGUUCCCGCCCCUGCCUGCCAAUGCGUCCUUCCCCGAGCUGCUUUCGCAAAUCCGCGGCGGCGGCGAACCGCUUUCGGUCGACCGCGGACUGCUUCUGUCGUACAUGUGCACCCGCUUCCGCGCAUGUUUGGUGCCGGCGCCGGCGCGCCGGCGCAUCCCGGCGGUGCCGAAGGUCGUCCAGUUCAUGCUGCUCAACUCGGACCCCGACCGCGAGCAGGCUUUCUCCAAGACUGCCGCGCUGGCGGCCGGGAACGCCGGCGGCGUGACCUUCCACGGCACGACGGUGCAGCGCAUGUGGCGCAUCCUCACCGAGGGCCUCCGCAACAUGAGCCGGACCGAAUACGCCGCAAACGCCAAACCAGACGAUGCCGCCGGCAUCUGCUUGGUCGACGAGCCGGAGGCUGCGCUCCCCUACUGCGGGUCGACGGGCACGGCGUGGCGCAACAGCGCGUUCCAAAACCGCACCGUGCUGCUCGCCUGCGAGCUCACGCAGCACUCGCAGCAGGGCACCCACGUCGUCGGCGACGCCAGCCGCGUCGCCGUGCGCUACGUCCUGCUGUGUCCCGAGGGCUUCGUGCCGCCGCAGAUGCGCGUCAUCGGCGACGCGCUGCGGACCACGUAUGCGGCGAUGCGCUCGGGGGCCGUGUUCAAGGUGAAGGAUUCCGUGUAAUAAUCCAAGGUAGUUGUUGGGUCUAGUUGCUUGCUUCUAGUAGUUUUGGCUUGAGAUACCACAAUUUGCUUUCGCAUUUUUUGAACUGUGAUUAUUUUACUAUUUAGGUACCUAUAGAAAUGAGGAGAUGGCUACAGUUCUGCACGACUAAUGAAUGUGUGAGGGCCUUCCGGACACC